UUCAGUUCAGUUCAGCGGAGCAUUGAUAAAGGAUGCACUCGCCCGCCCAGUCGCCCAUUCUGGAUGUCACCGAGACCGUAUCGCUGCACUCCGAACUGGACGCCGACCUGGAGAGCAAGAAUAAGAAUCCGCCGUACGCUUUUCCCAUGCCCCAGGAUCUCCGGCUGCCCGGGCUUGGCUUUCCCGGCAUGGUCGCUUCGAAGAGAUCCUCCGAAUCUCUGCCUGCCUUCGAGUACAUUGCUCCGCCUAGUCACGCCCUUCAGGCCCUGGAAUUUCCGCUCAUGGAGCUCAACCGCGUGGGCGUCAUGGGAGCAGGAAUGUUUCCGGGCUUCAUGCACCGGCGGGUUCGCGGCGAGAAGCGACCCAUUCCGGAGGCCCAGAAGGAUGCCAAGUACUUCGAGCGGCGCAAGCGGAACAACGAGGCGGCGAAGAAGUCCAGGGAUGCGCGCAAGAUCCGGGAGGACAGGAUAGCCUUCCGGGCGGCUCUGCUGGAGCAGGAGAACUCCAUCCUGAGGGCCCAGGUCCUGGCGCUCAGGGACGAGCUGCAGACGGUGCGACAGCUCCUGGGAGCCACGACCGCCGGCGGCAUGUUGUCCAUGGCCAGGCAGGUUUAGCUUGGUAGGAAUAACCACCAAGAAUGAGGUGGAGAAGUGUACAUAUCAUAUCAUAGUGAAGUGAGCAAAAUAGAGCAUGUGGCUCUACGAAUUUUUGUUAAUAAAUGUUUAAAAUAAUCUACUUAGAUUUUCCUUAAAUAUAUGCAAAUGAAUUUAUUAAAAGUGA